UCUGCAAUUUAGCUUCAGUAAUUUGUUUUUGUGUUGGGGCAUUUGAAGCGUCAAUAAUUAAGAAAAGGACGGGGAAGUUGAAAUAUAAAGUAAUCAACUAGUCGUGAUGGCACACACAGCUCAAGUGGAGAUGAGUGAAGAUGCUCUUAGGAGUGACAUUGAAGAGGGUUCUGAUUCAGAAUGCUAUGGUACAAAUGUCAAACGUCUUGACGCAGCAGAAAGACAGGAAUUGAGAGACAGAGGUAUGGUUGUGAGAGAAGGCGCAUGGACAGGGCUAGAAGAUGAGCAGCUGAAAAAGAAUAUGACACUCAUAUGCAAAAAAUAUGGUAUAGAUGAGCCCAGAAAGUUGAUCUAUCCUGAUCAGUAUCCAGAUGUGAAGGAGACAAGAAAACUUGUUGAUGAAGAGAUGAUAUACAUGAAGCUCAGAAAAGGUAUCCAACGUCCGGUAUAUAAUGUCUACAUCAGAGCAAGAAAGAUCUUUGAUCCUCAAAAUUAUCUCGGAAGGUUUUCUGAUGAUGAGGUCAAGAUGAUGAAGGAGCUAGCCUUGAAGAUGGGAACAAGAUGGAGUCAAAUCUCCAAGAAGAUGGGACGCAGCGGCAGAUCACUGUGUGACAGAUACAAAGUCUCAGGAAAGAGAAAUUCUGGCUCAUGGUCUGAGGAGGAAAAGGCAAGACUGGUCAAAGUGGUCAAGCGUUUUUCCGGUUUCAACCAGGACCAGGAUGUGGAGAAGCUUUUCUUCAACAUUCCUUGGAGCAAGAUUCAGGAAGCCAUGAAAACCAGGAAUGUUCUGCAGUGCAGGAGAGAAUGGAUUAACAUUGUUUCCUGGGCUGUUGCUGACAAACAGUCACGCUACACCUCAAGAGGGCGCUGGAGGAUAGAGGACAAUAUCCGACUGAUAGAAAGGGUUUACAACAUGGACAUUCAUGAUGAACAAGAUAUAGAUUGGAUGGCUCUACUCAAUGACUUCCCCAGGAUACCAUCCCCUCAGAAGUUGAAGUAUCAUUGGUACAGGCUCAAAAUGAGGUAUAUACCAAAUUACCGCUUCAAGACCUUUGAGGAAAUUGUCUGCCAGCUUCAUGAAUUCACCUUGCCGAAUCUGAGGGGGAGAUUAGCCCAGAAUGGGAGAAAUAUUGUCUCAAAGGAGAUCGUGGAGGAUGAUAGUGACUCUGAGAGGGAGGAUGCUGAGAGUCAAAGUAAUGAUAGUCGGAAUGAUGGUGUAGCCAUGACAACCAGCAGAGGAAUCACGGAUGAAUCUCUCCCCGAUAGAAUGAACGAGCAAGGACAGGUUGGUGGUGAUAGUGACGACAGGAGAUCAGCUGUUCACACAGAUGAGGGUUCAAAUAUUGAGGUUGAAAGGGAGGAAAGAAACAACAAUGAUAGACAAUCAAAGAAACAGAAAAAGAAGAAGCGACAAAGAAGUGACAAAGAACAUGCGAUAAGUGACGCUGAUAAUUAACGAAAAAAGGAAAUAAACCUCAAUCAAAAGCAGCUGAACCAAGAAAUGUCCAAGAAUAUAAAUAUUGAAAGGACAACAGAUGAAAACAUUUUUUAAUAAAGAGGAGAGGAUAAUACGCAAUGAAGAAGAAGAUUAGAAAAGAAGAAUCGCAAAAGUUAAGAAAGAAUCCCUGAUAAUUAUAAUGCCAUGUUGAAUAUACACUAACAAACUUAAUGUUAUUUAAGAAGAUUUUUAUGGCAGAAACGUAGGAAGCUACAGAUCAUUUUUUAAUUGGUAUGAUUGCUGCAACAAUUAUGUUAAGAAUAAACUCUUAUUGUGUUUAAAACCAAGUUAAUAUCUUUCAUUUCAUGUUUUCAAUGAUUUAUUUGAUUUUAUAAGAAGCAGCAAAAUUUAAGGCCUUCUAUAAAGUGACCCAAGACCAUGGGCAAGAUUAUGCCUUUUUCAUGGACCUCAUAUUCAAAUACUAGUAAUGUAGAUGUACAUUAUGUUGAAUGUUGGAAAUAAAAUUGUCUUUUAUGAUGGGCUAAUCUCCUGAGCUAGUGCUGACUACAUACAACUAGACCUAAAUUCAUACGUUAAAUCACUAUGAAAGCUGAAGUGUUGAUUAUUUAAUCACCAGGUCAAUGUAAUAUUGUUUAAUCCUAAGAGUAGGGAUUAAGUAAAUUCAAUAGAAAUUCUCAAUUGUUUGAGAACAAAUCCAUAAAUUUCCUGUUUUUUUUUAAUUUCUGUUUACAUCCUGUUGUGAUGAAAUAGCCCAGGUUUUUUUCAAGAGGUACUUAAGUAUACAUGACUGAGUAUAUUGUACACUCUCAUAAAGGGUGACUGUAUGAGCUCCUAUAGUAUCUGGGCUAUCUUCACUCGAGUAACUAGAAACUAGUAUACAAGCAUAUAACAUCCAAACUUAUAUACAUGUAGGUGUUUUAUUUAUAAGUGGAAUGUUACCAUGGCCUGGUCAAUUCAGGUUUCAUUAAUCAAUUAUGCUAAAUGAGUUCAAUGAUUAAUGUAUUGCUUUGUGAUUUUUGUCACUUUUUUUAUGAUGCUAACUUUAAGUGUUUUUUGUUAUUUUUACAGACUGUUAAGUAAAUUAAAGGGCACUAAUUUUUAACAGUGAGCUCAGUCACUAAUUCAAAACAGCUGUAGCAAUAGUAAGAAGCAUCUAUUUGGCUCCAUGUAGCAAAAACAAUUAUUCAUCAAUGGAAGCUCUCCCUCAAUACAUAAAGGCCCCAUCACACUUGUUCCAAGUCCGCAAAAAUCAUGCAGAAUCAGCCAAAAUAAAAACAAAAAAUUCAGGGAAAAUUCUGGGGUAAUUUUGAAUUCAUCCAACUGUAGCUCAAAUGUGGUAAAUUGACCAGGCAUGUCAUCACACACUAGAACCGAAAUGAACCAUAA